GAGCGUGGCCAAUAGCCGCUAGAAGGGGAGCAAUGGGCGGGGAGCAAGGUGCCCAAUGGGAACACUGAGUAAGGAGGAAGGGGCGAAGGGGACCAAUCAGAAUACAGAUGGCCUCGGGAGCGGGUGAGGCGGCGAGAAAUCGGCCGGUAAUGAGCCUCCAGGGCCAAUCGGGUGCACUCCUGUCCUGAGGGUGGGUCUGGCGGGGAGGAGGCAUGGGCGGGAAAUAAACGGCCCUCCUGGCCAAUCAGACAGUAAUAUUCCUCGCAGAUGGGGCGCGGUGGGAAAGCAGCGGCCGCCGUGACCAAUCAGGGCAGAGACUCCAGAGGGUUGCCCCCCCCCACUAUCUUCCUCCCGAUUGGCCGCGGAGCCCGCUUGCUCCGCCUCGGCCGCCGCCUUCUCCUCCGGGCGGAUUGGCGCCCAGCCAAUCCGAGUGGGCGGUGUUGCGACGUCGCCCGGGCCCAAGGCGCGGAGUCCAACACCGGAGAAGGCCGCAGAGGCGCGAUGGGGCUGCUGGGCGAGCUGGCGCGGGGCCUGGUGCGCGGCGCCGACCGCAUGGGGGCCUGGACCAGCAAGCGGGGCUCGCGCUUCUUCUACAAGAGCCGCGGCGCCAAAGUGCUGGGCUACCGGACCUCCAGCGGCAAGUUCCGGCCGCAGCCCGAGCGGGUGCCGCGGCUGGUGGUGCCCGACCUGGCGGGCUUCCGCCUGCGGCCCUACGUCUCCUACCGCGCGCCGCCCGGCAGCGAGCCCCCGCUCAGCGCCCGCGCCCUCUUCCAGCAGACGGCCGCCCCGGCCCUCGAGCGCGACCUCCGCCAGGGCCGCUUCGACCCCCAGCAAGGGCUGGAGAAGUACGGCUUCGAGCCGCAGCAGGAGGGCAGGCUCUUCUGCCUCUUCCCCAAGAACUUCGUCCGCUAGGGAGGCCGGCUGCAAGGGGAAGGGCGCCCCCCCUCCUCCGUCCAGGCCCUCUUAAAGGCCUUCGGAGGGGAAAAGGAAAGAGUGGAUUCCUCCCCAAGCGGAGCAGAGAAAUGGGACUAUAAAGAUUCUUUCCCCCCCCCCCAAAAAAGCGAAGGGAAAACAGAGAUCAAGCCCUUCUGGAGCUGACCCCACAGAACUGAAGCAAAGCACCCUGCACCCUCCAAAAAGGAGCAGAGGGGGAAAGGCUGGCCACCCCAGAAAGACUGAAAAAUCGAUUCCGAGGAGAGGGGGCAAAUAAGAGAUUCCUCCCAAAGCAGGGAAAUGGCUUCAGAGAACAAAGGAUAUAAAGGUCCCCAUCCCCGCCGGCCCACGAAGGAAAACUGAUCCCCAAAAAGGAAAAACUGAAACCAAGCUAUUCUGGAGCAGAUUGGACCUUCUGGACCCCCACAGAGCUAAAGCAAAGUGUCCCCCUCCGAACUGGCUCUUGAGGUGCUCAAAAAGGAGCAGGUGGAAAAGAUUGGCCACCCCAGGAACACUUAAAUCGGUCCCAAGGAGAGGCUCCUCUCAAGGCAGAACAGAGGGAUGGGUUCAGAGGAGGACAAGAGGACAGGAAGAUUCCCCUGCAAAAGCAGAGGAGAACUGAUUCUGGAGAAGGGAAACAAAGAGAUUAAGCCGUCCUGCUGGAGAUCUGGGACACGGCUGCCCUGGGAGCCCAAUAUUUUACUGUGGGUAGAGAUUUGUGCACCUGAUGAAGUUGGGAGUGCCAUUUUUUUUAAAAAAACAUGCUUUAAGGAAUUAAAGGGCUCUGUUUCUUUCUGGA